CACACAUAGAGCAGAACUAUAAGUACCGAGCAUUUCAACACCAGGUACCUCUGCCAAAUAAUUACCAAUUGCCAAUUACAAUUAAACAAAAGCAUCAAGUGCAGAAUACCAAACCAAGGUUAAUGUACCCUCUGCAACACACAAUGGCGUUAACAACCGCUAACCCCCCCAGCGAACACCAAUCCCCACCAGGAUGAAACUCCUCCCAAUUGCUGCCGCAGCACUCACGGCACUUCCCAUCGCCACGGCAGACUGGCAAUUCAAAACCCGCCCGGACCUGGCGCCCCCGCGAUUGAACAUCACUAUCCCUGCUACCCCGGACGUGGAAAAAGGCUAUCUAUUCGUAGCCCCCUUCCCAGGCCUACCCGAUACAAGCACCGAACAACACGGCCCGCGCCAGGAAGGACCCUACAUCCUCACCUCCACCGGUGAACUGGUCUGGUCGGGAUAUACAUACUACUCAAUCUGGGCGACGAACUUCCAAGCUGCGCGGUGGAAGGACCACGAUAUCCUGUUUAGUUUCGAGGGUGAUCAUAAUCCGAAUUACGGACAUGGGCACGGUCAUGCGACAAUUUUGGAUCAGUCGUAUGAGACGGUGCGGGAGUUGAGGGCGGGGAAUCAUAAACUGAUGGAUAAGCAUGAGUUUCAUGUGAUCAACGAGGAGACAGCGUUGAUUCAGGUUUAUCAGCCGAGGCCGGUAGAUUUAAAACGGUGGGGUGGGGGUGUUGAGCAGCAGUGGAUUGUGGAUGCGAUUUUCCAGGAACUGGACAUCGAAACUGGUGAGUUGCUCUUUGAAUGGGCGAGUCUGGAUCACGUCUCUCCUGAUGAGGCCAUAAUUCCCCUAAACCCCGGCCAAGCAGGCUCGGGCUACAACUCCUCCGACGCCUGGGACUACUUCCACAUCAACUCUGUAGACAAAGACGGCGAUGGCAACUACCUCAUCUCUGCGCGCGAUGCCUGCUCCGUGCACAAAAUCAACGGUACAACGGGCGAGAUCAUCUGGCGAUUGGGCGGGAAGCGUUCGGAUUUUGAACUCGGUCCCAACGCCGCGUUUUGCUUCCAGCACCAUGCGCGAUUCGUGUCCCAGGACGAAGUUGAAGAGGUUAUUUCGCUAUUUGACAACUCAGCACACGGCACGGAGAGCGGUCGCGGCACAGAACUACACACGCAUCCCUUCUCGCAGGGAAAAAUCAUCAGAGUCAACACUGCUACCUGGUCAGCGAGCAUCGUGCAAGCCUUCCAGCCUCCUGACGGCCUUCUUGCGAAGUCGCAGGGUGGCAUGCAGCUUCUCCCCAGCGGCAACGCGCUGGUAAACUGGGGCUCUGAAGGUGCGGUGACCGAGUACAAACCCGACGGCACACCCAUCUUCCACGCAUACAUGGACUCGGGCUUUCUGGGAGAAGGUGUCCAGAACUACCGUGCCUUCCGGUACAACUGGACCGGGUUUCCAAACGAGACACCUGCCAUCGUAUCUCAGAAGACAGUCUCCGGGACAACAGUCUACGUCUCCUGGAAUGGCGACACAGAGACAGCAGUCUGGCGAUUCUACUCCGUCACCGACACACACGGAUCACGCUCGUAUCUAGGCGAGACCAAGCGUCACGGCUUCGAGACAGCAUUCGUGGUAAAAGGAGUAGCGGUGGAGCGUGUCGCCGCAGAGGCAGUUUCAUCCACGGGGAAGAUUCUAACUUCGACUGGUGUUGCUGUGCUCGAGGACGAGAUCCGCCCAGGUGGGAAACCGCUCGCAGCUGCAGCUGCAGCUGCUGGUCGGCCAGGGUUCCUGCAGAGCAUCCUUGCUGUGUGAGCUGACAAAUAUCAGUCAGCGCCAGCUAUGCUGGAGUUACCUGGCGAGUACAAAUAGACAAUGGUGAGGUUGCUGCACUAUACCGUGUUCAUAAGAUUAGGUAGAAAAUUCAACCUAUUGGCUGC